UCCAGCCUUGCACAAUGAUGAUUAUCAAGUUAUUAAGGCACAAAGAACUUGAUCACCAUCACGUUCUUUGUGCCUUAAUAAAAAUAGCCUCUACAAGUGGAUGCAUUGUGCAUUUGCAUGUUUUCUGAAUCAUUUGAUAGUUUCACAUAUAUCACAUGUUUCUGUAUGUUUGUGGAACACAGAGUCUCCCAGCUGUAUGUAAAUAUCUUCAUGCCUGCUCUGCCAGCUGCUUUCAUGUACCAGUUGCAGGGAAGGUAUCUACAGAACCAGGGUAUUAUCUGGCCUCAGGUGAUAACUGGAGCCAUUGGAAAUCUUCUCAACGCGAUAAUUAACUUUAUCUUCCUUUAUGUACUGCAUCUGGGUGUAGUUGGAUCUGCAGCAGCAAAUGCAGUCUCACAGUUAUUUCUGGCUCUGAUCUUGUACGUUUUCAUCUGCUGGAAGGGGUUAUACAAGUCGACGUGGUCUGGUUGGUCACUGGACUGUCUGCAGGAAUGGGGCCAGUUCACCCAGGUGGCCAUUCCCAGCAUGCUCAUGCUCUGUCUGGAGUGGUGGACUUUCGAAAUUGGAGGAUUCUUGGCUGGUGUGAUCAGUGAUGUUGAGCUGGGAGCCCAGUCAGUUGUUUAUCAGAUGAUCACUAUUGUGUUCAUGUUCCCAAUGGGUUUCGGGGUAGCUGCCAGUAUACGGGUUGGGAAUGCUCUGGGUGCAGGGAACCCUGAACUGGCCAAAACAUCCUGCAAGGUCUCCAUCAUCUGUACAUUUGCAGUCUCGUGCAUUGUUGGAAUUAUUCUUGGAUCAUCUAAGGAUGUGAUUGGUUACAUCUUCACAACAGAGGAAAAAAUUGUUAAACGGGUUGCUGAUGCCAUGUUCAUAUGUGGGUUCUUCCAUCCUAUAGAUGCCAUUGCGGGUGUUAUUGCCGGCAUUUUACGAGGAACAGGGAAACCAAAGAUUGGGGCCAUCUGUAAUUUGGUGGGAUAUUACUGCAUCGGCGUUCCUGUUGGACUGUCCCUCAUGUUUGCUGCCAAAAUGGGCAUCGUAGGACUGUGGUUGGGUCUCCUCGUUUGUGUCACCCUACAGUCCACAUUUUUCCUCAUUGUCUUGUGGAGAUUAAAUUGGAGAAAGACUUCUGAAGAGGCAAUGGUGAGAGCAGGAGUCCUGGUCCCAGAGGAGAAGGAAGCAUCUGCAAAGAGAAAUAAAGCUUGGUGUGAGCCCCAGGUCAACAUCAUUUCAUCUAACAUCCUGAGCGGUGAGGAGUGGAACUCAGACCUGCAGAUGCUCAGUCCUCUGUGUGAUAAACCAGUGGAUGCUGCAGCACCACGACCUCUGCUGUUCAGGCAGCUGGUGUUGCGUCGUUGCCUGACUGUGUUGUUCAUGGUGCUCCUCCUUGCAGCUGGGAUAUUCACCAGUAAAAUGCUACUCAAACUGCUCAGUUGA